GAACAGAAGUUGUUCAGCAGUGUCGUUCCGCCCUGUUACAGAAAGUACUACUUCCUGCUGUGUACAGACCCAUCGCUCUGCUAUUCGAGCUAUUUGAGAUCUGCAAGUCUCAACAGGACGAAGGCCUCAUGGCAGAUAAGGAGAGCACGGUUCCUGUGACUGAGGAGGAGGACGAGCGUGAUCUGAACUACCAGCCUCCAGCUCAGAAGAGCCUGCAGGAGAUCCAGGAGCUCGAUAAGGAUGACGAAAGCCUGAACAAGUACAAGCAGACUCUGCUGGGAUCAGGACCUGUGGUGUUAGACCCCAGUGUUCCUAAUGUUCAGGUGACGAGGCUGACACUGAUGUGUGAUCAAGCUCCUGGACCCAUCACUAUGGAUUUAACAGGUGACCUUGAGGCUUUGAAGAAACAGAACUUCACUAUGAAGGAGGGCGUGGAUUACAGAGUGAAGAUCCACUUUAAGGUCAACAAGGAGAUCGUGUCUGGGCUGAAAUACGUGCAUUUGACCUACAGGAAAGGAAUUCGAGUGGAUAAAGCCGUGUACAUGGUGGGCAGCUACGGGCCGCGGGUCGAGGAGCACGAGUUCAUCACUCCGGUGGAGGAGGCUCCCAAGGGCAUGAUCGUCCGAGGGACCUACCACAUCAAGUCCUACUUCACGGACGACGACAAGACGGACCACCUGUCCUGGGAGUGGAAUCUGCAGAUCAAGAAGGAUUGGGACAGCACCGAGUAAAAGGGCUACGUCCCAAACGCACCUGCGCCACACGCACAGGUCCUAGCGCAUGUAGGAAAGGCGCAUGGAGAAUCGGGGUUGGAUUAGGGUUGGGUUCAAAAAAUGACCAAGAGUCAAAUCAGUGCAAACAUACAGUACUUCAAAGGGAUGUUCAUGAAAUACAACACAACACAAAGCAAGACAUUAACGGAGGCUCAUUUGCUAAAGAACACGCUGUAUAAACGACAGAGAUAAAUUCCUUGUGCCCGUACGUACGCUCAGGUUAGUCCGUGUCUCUUUUGAACUGUAAAAUGUGUAAUUAUGAUGUCUGUAAUUCUUGCGAUGCAUUUAAUAAAGUUCCUGCCGGAGCUUGAGAGCAGAACCAUGCAUGCCUCAGUGUGAAGCGAUUGUGCAAGUGGCUAGAAUUCUGUCCUGACGCUGUAAUCAGACGUUCGUGAAAACCUGCUGGGUCCAGACUUGCGUUCCAAUACUGGCUUUAACACGCCCUUGGCGACUUCCCCUAGCAUGUAGGGGGGAGCGGAAUUUUAAAAGCAAAAUGCACUUGACCUUGAAGCACAAUCUAACUGAACUAUGACCUCUAUAUGUACUGCUAAAUGGACUCGCUAGUAAAUUUACGUCAGGUGUCAGGUAUAGAUGCAAUAUUGCGCUACAUAAAACACGAUUUGAGCGGAAAUCUGAUAUAUGGCCGUAAAUGAACAUUCACUCGGAGGAAAAAAGUUAAAUCUAGAGAGAAACAAAUGCCUAAAGUGACCUGACACAUGAGCGUUUACGUUUUAAGAAUUCAAAGAAUGCCUUUAGAAAUCAAGAAGCAUUAAUAAUUCAUAGAACCCUUAGUACAUCAUAAAGUAUGGGACAUUUUACAUACGAGUUAUGUCCAAGUGAUAGUGAUGUGUCAUUUGCAAACAAGUCAAUCCAAAGAAUCGACCCUUUUAGCUGAAGAUCGAGAGUCGACCCAAACAUAUGAGCCAUUUUUUCUUCUGUUUUUGUAUAUGAAGCCAAGACAUUACUUUCGCAGCGCAGUGAAAUUUCUUGGUAACAUCUGAGCCAAUUGUUAGCGUGUAUUCAUCUUCAGGAAUGUGGUGGAUUUGUUAAUUAGAUCAGAUAUAACUUCCAUGCAUGUCACAUACCAUGUGAGUGUUCGUUCAGCUACGUCAUUUCCAACGUUAUGUUUUAUUUAAAAAAAACUUGUUCUGAGUGGCCCAAAUAUUUAGGGAGCCGAAAGAGUCAACUCUUUUUUCAAAUGAUCAAACUAUCUGACUUGCUGAAAAGAGACAGAAUUUGCAUCACUAAACUCUGAAUCCCUCGAAGGGAAAACCUCAUUGAUGUUAUUACAUAGUUGUACAUAGAACCUACUGGAAAAUUCCAUAGGAAUUUUUUCCCCCCAAAAUAGUGUACAUACAAUAAAUGUUGUUAACAUAAAUGUAGAUACAAUUCAUGUAUACUGUAUAUAUGAAUAAUAUAAGGAUAAUAUUUAGAUGAAUACAGUUUAUACAUAUUACUCAUCUCCCUUUGUAUUAAAAUCAUUAGACAUAAGGGGGUGGGGGGGGGGGUGCAAACGUUUGCACUCCACUGUGUGUGUCAUAUAGUGGAACUCCAUAUAUGGCCAUAGAUCAGGUUUCCAUGAGAGGCAUCAGAUAUUAUAUAUUUUAAAUAUUAUAUACUCUAUUGCUCCAGUUUAUAUUUAUAACCAACUUCAUCCUCAUAUUUUACAUGACAUCAUGUCUCAGUGCGUUCUGGGUAAAUUCUGUUCCUGAAUCCGACACCGACGUCCCCUCGGCUUUCAACAGUUGAGAGUUCAUCGGACAAAGUAUUAAAUGUGAGGAAGUCUCCAAGGGCACAUUAGAAACAAUAUUGGAACGCAGCCUAAAUUUCACUUGUGCCAGAGUUUUUCCAGGUUUGCGUGCAAAUAAUUAACGCUAUAAUUAAAUCCACACAAAAUCAUUUGUUAAAAUUCAAAGCUUUUGUCUGCCUUCUUUGCUCAUGCAGCGUCUAGGAGCUUCUUAUAAAUCUUCACCUUGAUGAUUUUGUUUAAAAAAAAACAAAACAACAUCCCAUUUUUCAUUAAAGUGAUCAUGUACCUCUG